GUUCUGACUUCAUCAUCUCAGACCAUUCCAGUGUUAGUCGACUUGUUCUUCGCUUUUCUGGUCAACUUGUCAACUUGGUCAGGGGUUCGGUGACAACGUCGUGCACGCAGCGCUGGAAGUAACUUGGAUGCGUGCGUGUGUAUAUGAACAAGCCUACGCCAACUUUCUUUCCUUCAGGCGCCUUGAACAUAUAGGACCAUGCAUUCGCUGGCAUAGGAGCCGGAGUUGUUUCGGUGUUAUGUAUGCACCCGCUUGACCUUCUGAAGAUCAAGUUUCAGGUUGCCACUGAUAAUCCGAAGGGUGAUGUCGGACGAGCAAUAUGGAACUCUUUGAAGGAAAUCAAGGAGACGCAGGGAUGGAGAGGAUUGUACAGAGGAGUUGGGCCUAAUAUUGCAGGCAAUGCGUCUAGUUGGGGUCUUUACUUCCUCUUCUAUAACAUGCUCAAGACCCGCACCUCUGGUGGAGAUCCCAACUACAAAAUGUCUCCAGGAUCAUACCUACUAUGCUCCGCAGAAGCGAGUGCUGUAACGGCGGUAAUGACGAAUCCAAUAUGGGUCGUAAAAGUUCGAAUGUUCACUACCCGACCGGAUGACCCUAAUGCAUACAGAAGUCUUACACACGGAUUUCGGUCAAUAUACCAAACGGAGGGUUUAGCGGGACUAUAUCGAGGCACAUCGCUGGCUCUAUUUGGUGUCAGCAACGGAGCGCUACAGUUUACGUGUUAUGAGGAGCUCAAGCGAUGGGGCUUUGAGCGAAAACGACGACAGUUCGCAAAAGUUGGGCGUGAAUGGACGCCUGGGGAUGAUAAACUAUCUAAUACGGCAUAUACAAUAAUGUCUGGCGCAAGCAAACUGAUAGCGCUCACCCUAACUUAUCCAUACCAAGUAGUUCGUUCUAGGAUUCAAAAUAAUGCAACAGCACACCUUUACCCAACAAUACGAGUGUGCGUCAAGCGGACUUGGCAGGAGGAGGGCAUCCGAGGUUUUUACCGCGGUUUGGGUACAAACCUCGUACGGGUUCUUCCAGGUACUUGCGUUACCUUCGUCGUUUACGAAAACCUGGCAUGGCUCCUUCGCAUGACUGCAGUGCGGCGGGAUCAAAAACGUGCUGCCCUAUCUGCAUUAGAUACUCGCUUUUAAUGUCGUCGUUUUGUCCUGGAUACCUACAUGCCACUGUAUCAUGAUCACACACCACUCACUUUCGGAUAGACUCGGUUUCUCUUUCGCGGAAGCAGGUGAAGAGGGUACGAGUAAGUGACUCCUAAGGCGUGAUUUUUCUUGAACCGAGUUGUUUCGAAUCAUCUCUUUUAUCACCCAGUGAACUGCGUUUUGGUAUGAGUUUCUGGAAUUUGACUUCAGCAUCUCCGCAUUGUUACAGGAUUUUUUUUCGGCACCGACGUUCCUCCUUCCCUUUUUUGAGCCUCCCCAUACGUCCAUUCAGGGCUCCUCAUCUAAUUCCACAGUACCGUCACCCGGCAGAAUCGAAGCUCCACUCCAAUCCUCCCAGUCAUUACUUAUCAGAGGUGGAGUUGUGCAUCAUCUCAGUGGAAUAACAUUCGCUCAUCUCGCCCAGUUUGAAUAAGGUCAGAGAGAACUU